CCAUAGCUUCCACCGGAUAACUACCGACCCUGCCUCUGGGAGUUGAAGUUUCUGAGUAAGGACUCGAGAGCGGUUUGAGACCACUCCUGGAAGGCUUUCUGUGCACGCACGUUCCAAUCAAUCCCUCAAUCCGUUUUUCAGAGUCACCAAAUAAUGUCAUCUGAAAUGCUGCCAGCAUUUAUUCAAUCUUCUAAUGUUGAAAAAAGGCAAGACUUAAGUGAAGAUCAAGAGCAGAGCCAGAAGCCAAGAUUAGGUGAAGGGUGUGAACCAAUAUCUAAACGGCAAAUGAAAAAACUUGUAAAACAGAAACAAUGGGAAGAACAACGAGAACUCCGAAAACAAAAGCGAAAGGAAAAACGCAAGAGAAAGAAAUUAGAGCGACAAUGUCAACUGGAAUCAAAAUCAGAUGAAAACGACAGAAAACGUAUUCGAAGACAAGCUGUUCACAGCACCCUCCGCCUUAUCAUUGACUGUAGUUUUGAUGACUUGAUGGUUUUAAAGGACAUUAAGAAACUUCAUAAGCAGAUUCAGCGAUGUUAUGCAGAAAACCGCCGAGCACUGCACCCUGUGCAGUUUUACCUGACAAGCCAUGGAGGCCAGCUGAAAAAAAACAUGGAUGAAAAUGACAAAGGAUGGGUCAACUGGAAGGAUAUACACAUCAAAUCAGAGCACUAUAGUGAACUCAUGAAAAAAGAAGAUCUGGUUUAUCUUACAUCAGAUUCACCUAAUGUACUGAAGGAAUUAGAUGAAUCAAAGGCCUAUGUGAUUGGAGGAUUAGUAGAUCACAACCAUCACAAGGGACUCACAUAUAAACAAGCAUCAGAUUAUGGAAUUGAUCACGCACAGCUCCCUCUUGGAAAUUUUGUGAAGAUGAAUAGCAGAAAAGUUCUGGCAGUUAAUCAUGUGUUUGAGAUUAUUCUGGAAUACCUGGAAACCAGAGACUGGCAAGAAGCCUUUUUUACUAUCUUGCCCCAGCGGAAAGGAGCUGUUCCCACAAACAAAGCCUAUGACAGUUCUUCCCAGGACAAACAAUCUGUCAGGGUUGAAGAUGGAUCAGAUAGUGAUUCCAGUGAAGAAGAAGAUAGCAGAAAUGAACUAAAUUCACCACAGGAGGAAGGAAAGCAGGAUAAGGAAAAUAGCGCUGAAUCCACAGAGAACUCUGUACCACACUAACGUUACCUGGUUUUCUUUUAGUUUAAGGAAAAAUGAGAAAAUGAGGUGCUUCAUAGAAUGUUGCUCUUAUUUGUCAUUAAUAAUUUUUUUAAACUUUUUUUGGAGCUGAUCAUAAUAAAAAGCCCUGUAAACUUGGUGAGAAAGUUUUUUUGUUGUUUUUGCAUAAGAAGAUUUAAAU